AUGACUUCUUCAGCUUCAGCUUCGGCAACGAAGAUUCAUCUCGUCCCUGCUACGGACUCUGGUGUUUUCAAUGCUGGUGUUAGGGAGGAUACGGCGCGGGUUACUAGUGAGCUUUUGCAGGAUGAUAUGGAGAAACAUCAUGUUUUCUUCAAUGAUAUGGGAUUUCACAAUCACAUACCCCACCACCUAUUGAGUAUCUAUGCUCUAGGUGCCAGCCCUGAACAUAUAAAGAACGCCUACAAUCAGAAUGUGAGCUAUCAAAGACCUGCGAAACCCGUUGAUCCAGGUGUUGUUCAGUCUAUGUGUGAAGUGGAUGGGUUCCGGGCUGGACUUGGAAUGGAGAAGAAUUAUUCCAAUUACUUGGCGUUUUUCCAGGGUGAGAUUGACGCCAAGGGUGUUGGGGAUGUUCUUGCGGAAUAUCUUUUUGCUGGGGAUGAGAGGGCCGAGAAUAUGCUAUGUCGCUUGUUUGGUGGCUUGAUUCACCCGCUUAUCCACCUCUGCUUUGGAUUGGAGUUUAACCAGCCUGCGAUUGUGGCUCAGGGUUUAGCCCAGGCAGCUGUGCAUGACGACUGGCUUGGUCGGGCUUUCUUCCUUCCUGCUGAGAAGAUGUCUGCUGGUGUUGGUGUGGCUGGCAAGAAGUCAUUGCUUGAGCUGUUGAACGAGUGUCGGGCGGAGAAGACUCUCGUUGACAGUGUUAAGUGGGCGGAUUCCAAUAAAAUCAAGGAUGGUGUGAUGACCAGAGCUCCGGAGCAGAUGCUCAAAAUUGCCGCUCAGUUCACAGUCUCGGAAGAUCAAGUGGAAGAGAGACUGGCAGAUAUGAUUAACACAGUUGUCUACUACACCAGCGCUGCACAGCGUUCAACCCGAGAAAUGAGACUUGACUUCUUCUUCAUCCACUGUGUCAACUCAUCCAUUUUCUUGUCCAAGAUCGUCAACCUCCCAUACCUGGGCCAGCGAUCAAAGUUGCGCCUGAUGGAAUGGAAAGGACGCAUCGACCUAUUAAUGUAUGUCUCACGCGGGACACCAGAGCUCUUCGUAGACGAGGUAGCCAAAUACCCCAUCAAGGAAGACUGGCCCCAGAUCUUCGAACGUGCCGUAUCCCAUAGCACCGACGACGGACAUCUAGCCAAGCUGGCCCGAGCAGUGGCACAUGGCCAGCGGGUCUGCCAAGGGAUCGAGAAUAAGAUGCCGAUCAAUGGAGAUAUGUGGCUGAGAAUCGGGAACAUCGCUGUCGACUCCACCGUUGGGGAGGGUCAGAAUGGCAUGUGGAUCAGAUCCACUGGCUUUGAUGAGGCUUGGGAAUCUCAGGGACAUGACCAUAUGUGA